AUGUUUUCUCAUAUCCUUGUAACAUGUUGUAUCGUCUUCACAAUCAUCAAUCCAACAUUAACAGAUAUUUAUCUGCAUAAUCCACGAGGUAGUAACAAUCGACACAAUGAAAAGACUCGCCAGCGUAGCACUCCUACACUAAAUUUUGAUUCCCAAAAUAAUGAACGAGGUGGGUAUAAUGUUGGUGACGAUGGUGCCAUAUAUUAUUACGCAAAUUCUAUAUUACCGAUACAAUGGACUAAUCAACACUCAUGCAAUGAUGUUAAUAGCGAUUGUACACUUCUACUUCAAUAUACGUGUGGUGAUACACUUCGAGACGGUCAAUCUACUGCGAAAAUUCCUGUGACUGUUGAAGGAGAAGCAAAUGAAACUUACAGAUUAACGGAAGAUUUAGUAUCGUAUUUACAUUGUCGCGUGCGAAGUCGUAACAAAAACUUAUAUACUGCUGGCCAAGGUCUUAAAGACUCAUCGAUUUCUACACGACAGAAUCCUGCUGGUACUCAAAACGGUUACGAAUGUCCAGAAGAACGGGAUUAUUAUCCAUACUGGCAGCCAACAAAUUGGAUUGAUAUAGCAAUACUAACCAAUCGACAAGAUCUCUGCUCGUACUAUCGUCAAAAUAGUCAAAAUGUUCAAUCGCGUUUUGCGUGUACAUUUGAAAAUAAAGAUGACUUGAUUCAAGCAGAUAAAUUAAAAAUUAUCAUACCAAUAACAAAAGAACAGUGUCAAGCAUUUAACGAUUCACGUCUGAAUGGUGUCAAACCACGUUGGAUAGAAUAUCCAAGUCAUAACCAACCAGCUCCGGAAUGCUAUUCGCCUUCCUAUACAAGAGAGAAUCAUCUUGGUGAUAUAGUUGGUUCUGAUAUGCCGGUCUUCAAUUGGACUUUACCAAAUAUAAGUGCAAAGAAGUGUGUUUUACGUAUUAGAUACAAUAUUUCUACGGGUGAUUAUGAUGGAUGGAACACAAGUUCGAGAAGUGAUGUUUACGUUAUGAAAGAACUUUUUGCAAAUGAAUCUGUUGCUGACAAACGAGGAUAUCGUUUUACAACCAAUCCCGAAAUUCAAUUAUUUGAUAACUUGAAUUUAACAUUGAAACUUGCCAUUAAUACUCAGCAAUAUGGACGUGUUUUCCAAGACAGAUCAUAUACAUUUGAAAUUCGACGACGUCCUGCCGAAUUUCAAGACCGACCCAUUUAUAACUUGAAUGUACGAGGCAGACGUGGAAAUAUUGUUCAAGUAUAUCCAGCGCUUGAAUACGAUUUCGUUCCUAAUCGAUUAGAAAUUCCUCCAAAUUCUUAUGUUCACAUUCAAUGGAUUGGUUCAAACACAACUCCACCAGGUGCUGGCCAAGGCAAAGCCGAAAUCGACCGAAAUAAUCUGCUACUUCUAACCGAUCAAACAAUAAAUCCCAACUGGAAUCCUUUCGGAUACUUAAAUGCAACUGGUUUAUACACUGCAAAUAUGCCAGAAUAUUUGAAUCAAAGUACUUUUCUAAAUUUACUUACGAGUGAUCUUCGGUUAUUAGCUGCUAGUGGACAAAACACCGAUGUAGAGUUAGUCAACGCGUCAGCAUAUUUUGAUCUUGGACCACGUUUGAUAACAGUGGAAUCCGCAGGCAUCUAUCAAUAUGUUUCUACGCGUAAUAAUGAUUUUUCCAAUCGUGAUCAAAAAGGUCGGAUUAUUGUUCAACCAUUCGCAUUCAGAUAUCAAGUUAUCGGUCAAAAUAAUUAUACAGCUCAAUUAGAAAACACUCUUGUUAUAUUUCCUGAAGGAAGUGUCAAAACAACAGUUCCAAUCAAACUUGCUAAAUUCACUCGUGAUCAAUUAUCGAAAAUUUUACCCGAAAACGGGCAAAACAUAGUUAACAAAGAAAAGCUUUUUAAUAGUGUCUAUGUUCUUGAACCAUACGAUUUACAAUUCACUUCAAACGUUCAAUUUCAAAUCCCAUUUACUGAAUACAACAACGACGAGAAAAACGUCGAUGUUUUACAAUUCGAACCUCGGAAUGGUGUUUACUUAAAACUACCAACUUCACUCGAUCAAUCCACACGCAUGCUCAAAUUUCAAUCGAAUACGGCUGGUGUCUUCGCAUUUGUUGAAAAGUCAUCCAGUCCUGUAUGGAUUGCUGGUGUAGUCGUACCUAUUGUUUUGAUUCUUAUCAUUGCCAUAUCGACAAUCGUCUAUUUUCGAUUAAGUCCGCAUCGAUAUUCCCAAGUGAAAGAUCAAAUUUCAAAAACGAAACGUUCGUUUUUUUCACGUGUAUAA